CCCUCCCCUUUACAUUCCAUCCUUUUCCUUCUUUUUCCUUUCCUUUACUCUCUGCUUUCCCUUUCUUCUUCCAUCAUUCACUUUACACCUCUCUCUCUCUCUCUCUCUCUCUCUUUCUCAUGACAUGAACACAGAACACAGAGGUCAGGAGUUGCAACUGGCAAGCGACUCGCUGAUCACAUGAAAAGCUGAGACUCCAAUCCCUGCAAACGAUGGCGAGCUUCGGAUCAUCACCCUCGCCGUCCUUCUUCAGCAAGUUCCGCUCUCUCCUCCUCCUCCUCCUCCUACACCUCGGCUGCUUCAUCUUCUCCUCCUCCUCCUCCUCCGCCGCCGCCGCCACGAGCACCAAGAAACGCAAAGCCUCUCCGACCGUCUCCCUCUUCAAGCCCCGCAAAGCUCUCUCUUCCUCCUGGUCAUGCCUCAAGCGCAUCCUCAUCUCCAAACCUCGAACGUCUCACCUUCCAGCGCCCUCUCUCUCCUCCGCCCGAAACUCCCAACGAUCCAUAGCCUCCCUAGUCCCGCCGCCGGAAGCUCAAGCCCUCGCGGAGCUCACCUCGACCCCACCCGGCGAGAAGCCCAGGCCGGGGACGCUCCUCCAAGCGGAGCCCGACCCCGCCGACCUGUUCUUCCCCCUCCGCAGCGACGCAAUCUUCCCUUGCACGUCCUGUGGCGAGGUCUUCCCGAAGUCGCAGCUGCUCGAGCAGCAUCACGCAACGCGGCACGCAGUGUCGGAGCUCAUCGGCGAGGACUCCGGCCGCAACAUUGUCCAGAUCAUAUUCCAGACGGGCUGGCCCGCGGGCAGGGGCCUGAAGGUACUCCGGAUCCUGAAGAUCCACCACGGCCCGAGGGUGCUGUCCCGGUUCGAGGAGUACCGCGAGUCGGUGAAGGCGCGGGCAGCCCGGGCCGCCAUGCGGCGGGACGAGCGGUGCGUCGCCGACGGCAACGAGCUCCUCCGGUUCCACUGCUCGACAUUCACGUGCGACCUGGGGCAAGACGGCAACUCCAGCAUCUGCAGCCAGCAGUACUGCAACGUGUGCGGGAUCAUCAAGUCGGGCUUCUCGAAGAAGCUGGACGGCAUCUCGACGCUGUCCAGCGGGUGGAGGGCGCACGCGACGGUCCCCGACGAGGUGUUGGAGGAGUUCGGGUUCAUGCACGUGAAGCGGGCCAUGCUGGUGUGCCGGGUCGUGGCGGGGCGGGUCGGGUGCGAGGCGGACGAGGUGGACAAGGAGGAGGGCGGGGGGUACGACUCGGUCGUCGGGCGGGGAGGGAGUGGGGCCCUCACCAGGUUGGACGACGAGGAUCUGCUGGUCUUCAAUCCGAGGGCCGUGCUCCCUUGCUUCGUGAUCGUGUACACCGUGUGAACGAGCCGUGUGGAAUUAGGAAUCAUAAUAAUUACGGGGACGUGGAAAAAGUUUCUCGGCUCUCUUUUUGAGUUUGCAUGAGUUUGAUGCAUGUGGGUGUGUUGGGUAAGGGUAUCGUUACUCAUUAACAUCAUGCCAUGCCAUGCCAUGCCAUGCCAGUGUGUGUGUGAAGAGGUAUGGAUUAGAGAAUUUCUUCUUCGUCUUUUUUGUUUUUUUCUUUGUUUAUCAUCAAUUAGAGAUUUGGGAAGCGGUUGACGGUUGAGUUAAUAUCUGUGUAGUGGGAGAUUAGGUGGGAGCUACCGAGCUAGAGAAGUUUUGGUUGUGUAACAACUCUGCUUAAAUAUAUAAUGUGUAUAUAUAUGCAAAGAAUUAAAAGGUAAAUUAGUGAUCCAAUGAGCUUGAUAA